GCUGUCCAGACCACUGCCCCCCCUUCCCCCAUCAUACUUAGUAUAAAAGCCCUUUCUGCCUCUCCCUGAUAUCACUUUCUCAGUCCUGAAAAUAUACUCCUUUCUCCCAGCAACACUACGAUUAACCUCAAAAUGACUGAUUUUGAGAGUUCCUUGGCCACCAUAGUUACAGUAUUCAUCAAGUAUGCUAGAAAAGAGGGAGAUAAGCACAAACUCAAAAAAAGUGAACUUAAAGACUUGAUUAACAAUGAGCUUUCGAAUUUCUUAGAGCAAAUCAAGGACCAGGCCACCAUGGACAAUUUGAUGGAGAGUUUGGACACGGACGGAGACUCAGAAUGUGACUUCCAGGAGUUCAUGACCUUCGUCACCAUGGUUACCAUCUGCUGCCACGAAUUCUUUGUACAGCAUGAAGACGAAUAGGGAUCUAUUUUUGGGCGGGACAGCUCUUCUUAGCUUAACCAGAUAAAGCAAUGCAAAAAGGCACCUUUUAACGCAUACUUAUCCAUAUUUAGAAUUAACUUCUCCACAUGCUGUAUAUUGUUAUUAGAUUGACACUGAGGUUUAAAAGAUAUUUUAAUCAAAAUGUUUUUGUUUUUAUACAUAUACUGCACACAUCUAAGAUCUUAUGAAGACUUAUAGUAUGUCAGAUGAUCAAUUUGGACAUUUUAUAAGAACCAGAAUGUUCUGACCUAAUAUAAAUCUGGGUAGUAGCAUGUGAGUAAACAUCAAAUUCAAAAUGAAAGAGCACUUAAAAGAAUACGAACAUCCAAAGGAAUAUCUAACUGCUGCUGUGAAGCAAGCACUCCCCAUGUGACGCUAUAGCGGAAUGACAAUGCGCCAAUCAGAUAAGAAAAUAUCACAACUUUUCUAACAAGUACUUUAGACGAGAAAUUGAUAGCUAGGCUUAAGCCCACAUUCCCACUCAGUUUAGUAGCUUGCUCAACAGCAAAACUACUCAAUGGCACAAUAGUAAGUUUUACAUGGCAUGACAAAAAUAGUGAAUUUCAAUGAUCCAGAACAUAAUUGUUGUGUAAUACGUUGGCAGUAAAUAAACAUACAGUUUGGCCUCCA